GAGAGCUAGAGAAAGAGGGGGAGGGAGGACGGUCAGAUCGCAUAGGGCAGAUAAAGGCAGGGGGGGCGGGCGAGAGGGCGAGGAGGGGCGGAGAGGGAGCGAGGAGGGCGGGGCGCCCGACCCCCAAUCGCGCGGCCGCCGCCUCCCAGCUGGGCUGGAUUUGAGCCCGGCCCGCCGAUCGCUGACCCAGGCGCCGGCUGGAGCAGCCCCCGGCCGCGGCACCCCCACUUUGCAACUCCACGGUCCGCGCGGCGCGAGCGAGAUGCAGCCGGCUCUGGACGCAGGCCUCUCCUUCUGAUGAAAAGAGAAAGCAAGAAUGGACUACAGUCACCAAACUUCCCUAGUCCCCUGUGGACAAGAUAAAUACAUUUCCAAGAAGGAACUUCUCCUGCAUCUGAAGACCUACAACUUGUACUAUGAAGGCCAGAAUUUGCAGCUCCGACACCGUGAGGAAGAAGACGAGUUCAUCGUGGAGGGACUGCUGAACAUCUCCUGGGGGCUGCGCCGGCCCAUUCGUCUGCAGAUGCAGGAUGACAACGAGCGCAUUCGCCCUCCUCCGUCCUCUUCCUCCUGGCACUCUGGCUGUAACUUGGGGGCUCAGGGCACCAUCCUGAAGCCCCUCACCAUGUCCAACAUUCAGAUCUCAGAGGUGGACGCCCCGCCCGAGAGGGACCAGGCCACGAGCCCCACAGACUCCAGGGGCCUGAAGCCUGUGCAGGAAGACACCCCACAGCUGAUGCGCACCCGCAGUGAUGUUGGGGUGCGUCGCCGUGGCAAUGUGAGGACACCUAGUGAUCAGCGGCGAAUCAGACGCCACCGCUUCUCCAUCAAUGGCCAUUUCUACAACCACAAGACGUCGGUGUUCACGCCGGCCUAUGGCUCCGUCACCAACGUCCGCAUCAACAGCACCAUGACCACUCCGCAGGUCCUGAAGCUGCUGCUCAACAAAUUUAAGAUCGAGAAUUCGGCGGAGGAGUUUGCUUUGUACGUGGUCCACACCAGUGGUGAGAAACAGAAGCUGAAGAACACCGAUUACCCGCUGAUUGCCCGAAUCCUCCAGGGCCCAUGUGAGCAGGUCUCCAAAGUGUUCCUUAUGGAGAAGGACCAGGUGGAGGAAGUCACCUAUGAUGUGGCCCAGUAUAUAAAGUUCGAGAUGCCUGUCCUUAAAAGCUUCAUUCAGAAGCUCCAAGAGGAAGAAGAUCGGGAAGUAAAGAAGCUGAUACGCAAGUACACCGUGCUCCGGCUAAUGAUUCGGCAGAGGCUGGAGGAGAUAGCUGAGACCCCAGCAACAAUCUGAGCCACAAGAAGGAGGGGAUCCAGACACCACAGGGGCCGCUGUUGACAUGAGAAGACCCGCAGGAAGCUGGGCGCCUUCCUUCCGUGGAACCGUUUCAAUGUAAACCUCUCCAGCUCCCGAAAAGCCACCAUUUGCUGCCUAGAGCAGGAUAGAGAAGCCAGCAGACAACUCCCCAUCCUUGGAUCCCUGCGCUUCUUUCUUUCAGUCACAAGGACUUUUGAUUUUUGUUAUAGGGAGGACCCAAAGUGUGUGUGUGUGCGCAUGCGCCUGUGCACGCGUGCACACACAUGGUACAUAUUCACGUGCCUACCUGGUAUUUUCACAUGCAAUUAAAUUCCAAGCAACCAGCACAAGUCCCGUGACUGGCAGAUGUGCUGCUCAUGGGCAGGAAAAUCAGGGGAGAUCUGAAGGGUUUUAGGCUGAAGAAAAGAUCUCUCCCGGCGAGUGCCAGGGAGCAGCCAUUCACAUCUGCCCACGUUUAGAAGGGGAAGGGGGCUCAGCAAGCUCACCAUGUGGGGUAUUUAUGUGUUGGUAGAGAUUCUCCCUGUAUGCCUACAGGGAUCGGUAAUGGAUCGGUAAUGUGACAGCUUUGGAAAUUAACAAAACAACAGCCCCAUGCCCUUGGGGUAGGUCCAACAGAAAGAGAAAAAUAAACCAGCAGUGGGGUAGAUGCAAUAAACCCACAGGUUUUUACACUGGAAA